AUGAUUUGGAAGUGGCUUUGGCUGCUGUGCCUCAUCGAGCAUCUCCAAGCCACAGCAUCCAAGGUUGAAGAUGAGGAGUUUUCUUGUGCUCCCGACCAAGUCAAGUAUGAAUGGGAACGAUUAAACUACUAUGAGAUUCUUGGUUUUUCAGGCUCCUCUCGGUCGCACAAAUCUUUGGAUUCCAAAGCCAUUCGUAAGGCUUACCGAUCCCAGGCUCAGGCUUGGCAUCCCGACAAACUGGCACCCAACCAGACAAUCAGCAUUGACCACAUCAAUGCUAGAUUUGCUCAGAUUGCUCAAGCCUACCACGUCCUGAAGGAUCCACAAAAACGAGCUUCCUAUGAUCGAUUCCUUCAAACUUGCGAAUACCAAAAAGAGCGUGGUCAUCAUCAGAGACAGAAUCCGCCACACUACCAACAACAGCAACAGCAACAACAAUAUGCCCAUAGGCAGCAAAACCAUAGAAGCCAGAACCAGAAUCAUCAAUCUGGAAGAUUUGGUCCAGCAUCGGUACGAAAAGAACAAGAAAUGCUAGUGGACCCCAUGACGGGGGCUCCAAUCCUACGGGAAACCAUAUACGAAGAGUUUGCCAGAGACAAUCGCUACAGAAUAUCCAUUCAAGAUUUCUUGGUCGAGUCCAUGGAUUCAUGGGGAAACGCCUACUACCAACCCCUCUAUCCUUCACCAAGAAUAGUCGAAGAAGGACCAAUCAAUCAUCAGUACCAAGAACAGCAAGACUUUUUCCAAAAGAGUUCUUCGCAGAACACUCUCGAAGAUGGAGCUGUCAUGAGAUCUCAUGAAAUGAUCGUAUCAGACAAUGAACGGUAUCGUGCACAUGUAGACAACUGUCAGCUGGUCAUUGAAGCCAGAACCAUGAAACACGGCGACAGAGUGGAACCAGAGAUUCACGUGGUUUGGAAAUCCAAUAAUCAGGUACCUUUCAUGGGAGUCAAUGAGUGCUUCUUGGCGUUGCAAGAUGGCCAGCUAAUGAUUGCCGGUGGAAGCCCCGAAUUUCACACGGGUAGCAUUCUUUGGUUCAGCGAUGCCGACAACAAUAACAUUGAGGACGAGGAAUCUUUCCUCUUUUCUCGUCAAAAGAAACGGUAUCAGGCAAAGCUGGAGAAUGACGGAAAGUUGGUGGCAUACAGGCUCGCCGAGGACGACGACCCAAGAUGUGUCUGGGCAAGCGGGCCAUUGGGAUGCAUUCGGGUUGUGAGUCAACCAAGUCACUUGUUGCGAGUCGCACAGGAUCGGCUUGGUGAAGCUUUCCAAGAACUGUUUGGAGAAUCCGAUGAGCCAAAUUACAACAAUUCACAGGGCAUGUUCGACGAUGACGAUGACGGCAAUAUCCUUUCAAGCCUGUUCAGGUCUGUGAAACAAGCCUACGAUCGAUUUGAAGACCAGGGGGAGCAUUUCAUGUCCAGUAUAAAUCACAAUAUCAAAAGGGCCUUUGGUUGGGGCAAUGACAUGGACGAGGAAGACGAAGAGAAUGAAAACGUCUUCUUGAAACUAGCAAGCAAUGUUAUGAGGUUCAUCAACGGAGCUAAAGAUGAUGACGUCAUGUCAGGUCUACUUAGCAAUGUCAAGCAACCAUUCCAGGAGUUGAAUCUGGCCCGCAAGCGUGUUGAAGCCUCCUUGGAAGAGAGGACCAUCAGAUUUGUGCACAAUUCAAUGUUGCGUUGGCAAAAGUACCGCUCUGAAAAGUGA